GCAAGUGCGCCCGAAAUUUCAUCCCAAACCUUGGUUGCUUUAUAGUGAGAGAGGCGUUCAAAAUCGGGCGUAAUAGCUGAGGGUUGAAGCUGAUUCAAGUUGAUUUAUCGUUGAAUCUGAUCCGUUAUCAUGGAUUUGAAUCCGCCUUCAGGAGAGAACUAUGCGAAUCCAAGGAUAUGCUUCUUUCAUGUGCUCUUCAAGGCUGGAGCAUUGGCAUUUUACAUACUUUCGGCCCUGUUUUUUGAUAGUUUUGUCAUAAUUUUUGUCGUUACGGUUCUUUUAUCUGCUCUUGAUUUUUGGGUAGUGAAAAAUGUCAGUGGUCGAAUCUUAGUCGGUUUGAGGUGGUGGAAUGAAAUCGAUGACAAUGGUGAGAGUGUAUGGAAAUUUGAAUGUCUUGACCAAGAGUCAUUAGCUCGAAUGAACAAAAAGGACUCGUGGCUGUUCUGGUGGACUCUUUACUUGACUGCGGUUAUAUGGAUCUUCUUUGGGAUAUUCUCUCUGAUAAGGUUCCAAGCUGAUUAUCUCCUUGUUGUUGGAGUUUGCUUGACCCUCAGCGUUGCAAAUAUUGUGGGCUUUACGAAAUGCCGCAAAGAUGCAAAGAAGCAGAUUCAAGCAUUUGCCUCCCAGACGAUUGCAAAUCGGUUCCAGUCAACGAUACAGUCUGCAUUUAGCGUUGUGUGAUUCAGAUACUACGUAUAAAAGCUGGUUUGUUAUUGUACUUGAUCUACAUACGUAUAUGAAACCAACUUGAAUCUGGUAGAGCAUAGUUUAUAAAAUUAGUCACGACUCGGAACUUGUUCUUGUUUGUUUUCCAGAUGAAUAAUUCAUCUUACUAUUCUUUGCCAAAUUGAAACUUAUUAAUUGCAUUCCACA